AUGAAAGCCCAAGGAAAACAGGGGAACUCUGGCGAAAAUUUAUUGCAAGUGAUUCACGAAUACUUGCUGAAAAGCGGGUUUUUAAAUACCCUGGAGGUGUUUCAGCAUGAGAUGACAGCUGCGAGAAAUAAAUCAGAAGAUUCUCAAGCAUUAUCAUUGAUAAUUAAAAGUUUGGAUACAGGAGACAAGGACAGUUUUUUCAGGCUCUGGUCCCGGUUCGUGCCUUUAAAUGCCUCAAAGUCUACAGAAGGCCAAAAAUUGGAUUUUUAUGCCCAUGUUUAUUUUUCGGUUUUUCCAAUUCACCCAUUGAACCGGCAGAAAAAAGAUGAUGGAAAUGAAUACAAAAACCGCAUGGAAAGCUUCAAAGAGUUUUUAAACACCAAAGGUGCAGAACUGUCUAAGACUGAAGAGUUUUUGCAUUUUUAUGCAUUGCCAUAUAUACCGAAUCCAGCUGAGCACCCUUCUUUUAAGAUUUUAUUUACAAGAGGCUGGGCCACAGAACUUAAAGAAAGGGUUUCUAAAUUUUAUAAGGCACACUCAGGGCAAAACCAGGAGCCUCUUCUUGUCCAAAUGUAUAAAGCUUAUAAUCAGGAUAAAGGAAAAAGGGUCCAGCCGAGAGGAAAAACAGGCAGAGAAAGCAACGCUGCAUUUGAGGAGCUUGAAGCCCAGUUUGCGGUCGCCAAACAAGAGCUGGAAGAUUUGAACAACCAAUAUAUCAUUUUGCAGAAGCGAGAAGAAUAUGCUAGAAACACCCUUUUGGAAAGCCAGACUAAAUGGACAAACUUUUCUAAAGACAUUUUGAAUAUGACCAAAGAGCUUUACCGAGUCGUCGAAGCUUGCAAAAGAGGCCAAAAUCCUAAUCAGUCUCUUUUGGAGGCGAUUUUUGACAAGAUUGUGAGGUAUGACAAUUUCUUGAAUAUUUCCAAUGAUGAGCUUUCAGGUGGCGCCUCGUUUUCAUAUUCACAAGCUGAUCAUAGCAAUUCUGAUUUCACGCCUUCCCCAAGACGUGCAGAUGUAAGUGAAUCUUCCCUUGCUCCAAUGAGGUCUGAAAAGCCUAUGGUAAAAGGCUAUGCUAACCUCCCUCAGCUAAAUUAUGCAAUUGUUAUAAGAGACUUAAGCUCCCUGCAAGACGAUUUACAAGUCUGUGCCCUUUUGCAAGCUUUAAGAUGGCGCUUGUCAAGAUCUCAAAGUCUUCUUCGGAAAGAAAUGCUGAGUGCUUAUAUAAAAUAUAGGAAAUUCCCGAUGAUGGCGCUCAAUGUGCCAUCAUCGGGCAACUUGUUUUAAAAGUCCACACUGGAAAUAGGUUCCAUGUGUCAAACCUUUUUUGACACGUGGAGAAUCCUCACCUUUCACGUGCCAGAAAGGCUCCACACGUGGAACCCAUUUCCUAUGUGGACCCUGAACUUUAGUUGCCCUAUGAUGGCGCAUUGAUCGCCAUCAUCGGGCAACUUGUAUACAAUAUUUUAUGCACUGCAAAGCCACAUGACAUCUUGCUUGAUAAGUUAUUGAGCUGGAAUAAAAGGGUUAAAGAAUAUACAGUCAGAUUUCUUAAUGUAAUUGCUUCAGAAUGCUCAGGGAGAACUUAUUUAUUGACCAAAGAAAAUGUCAUUGAAAUUUUGUCAGCUAUUUUAUUUGAAGAAAAAGAAGACUCAAUUUUGAGGCAAAACGCAUUGGGGACGCUGCAGAAGCUGUCGCUAAGAAGACAAGCGCAAUCUACGAUGAUUGAGCUGAAUAUGAUAGACUGGCUAGCCCGAUUGCUUAAGCAUGAAGUCGAUUCAAUUUCUUAUUAUUCGCUUGAGUAUGCUACAGCUCUAUUGAUGAAUCUUUCAUUAAGAACUGCUGGGAAAAACAAUAUAGAAAAAAGCCAGCUUGAUAUUAUAGCAAUUUUAAAUAAUUUAUUAGAGCAUGAAAAUAUACUGGUUAUACCCAAAAAAAAUAAAAAAAUAGCUAAUUUUUAAAUAUUUUUUUUUUUAUUUCUUAAAAUACUCAGGUAAGAACUUAUGUGAAUGGCACCUUAUAUAGUAUUUUAACCCGAAAAAAGCUCAAAGAGCAUGCAUUACAGCUUGGCAUGGAAGAUGCCUUAAAAUAUCUAAUGCAAAACUCUGAUGAGCAUUUUAAGCGACAAAUUCAGUAUAUACUGGACCAGCUUUAUAAUGAGCAGGAAGAAGACUGCUUGUCUGAUGACAAUGAUGAUGAUGUAGAAGACAGAGAUGAAGAAGAAAGCGAAAUUGAUGAUUUUAUAGCAGAAGAUGAAGAUAUGGACGACAUUAUUAAAGAAAGUGGAGUUUUGGUAGGAGAAGACUUGCUUAAUGCUAAAUACAUGGCAAAAAUGGGGGGAAACAGCAGUAAGGUCAAUUUAAAUGAUCCAGGCAAACCACCUAGUAGACCUGUAACACCAGCACAGCCAGCCGAUAAAAAAGUCCCUACAGAAAUGAAGUCUAAGCCCAAAAUACCAAGAACCCCAGACACUGGGGUUAGAGAGCCAGUCAAAAUUGAAGAACAAAAAGUCCCUGAGCAGAAAAAGCAAAUCCCCCAGCAAAAUUCUCCUCAGCAACCUACAGCUCAACAGCCUACCCCUCAACCACCUAAAGAAGCUCCAGCCAAGGCAGAGCCUGCUCUCAUGACUCCUCAAGGCACCGGCGAGUUCACCUACGCCUUUGUAUCACGAGACAAAAUUCCCAGAUCUCCCCUUUAA